GAUGGAACAUUCAAUGAUUUUGCUCAGUAUCUAGGCACCAGUUUGUGUUACAACAUUAAAUUUUAACCUUUUACAUUUUCGACCAAAAUUCAAAAUUUGUGUAAAAUUUCAAGUGAAUAUUUAGUAUGCGGUUAUUUGGUAAAUUAACACAUUUUUUACAUUAAACAAAAUUUUAGUUAAUACAAUUGAAACGUACAAUGCCCGGGAUAUUUGGCAGCAGUCCAACUAAUCGCCUCGGGCCGCAUCUCCUGCAGAUAUCGCGGUGUUUAAGCUACCAUGUCCCGCUCUUCCGGCCACGUAAUAUCCAGCAGUCACGCAAGCUAAGCCAGCUAUGCUGCAGUGCUUUCGCGCGAUCCCGAUCUGGUGCCUGCAAUCCUGCCUGUAACCGUGUACAGCCGUAUUCCCAGAAGGGCAGCAGUGUGUUUAGCCACAACGACAAUGUGGACAUGUUACGUAAAAGAGUCAGCUUCUCUGGAGCAUCGGAGUCGAACAAACAGCUCCUACCAGUGGGGUUGCUUACUCCAGAAUCAGAGAGCGGCAAGGAGUUGAAGAUUGUGAUUGUGCCACUGGACCUGUCCAGCAUGGAUGCUGUUACGUUGAAGGAGACCCUAGAGACUAUCAACCAACUGCGCCUCUACGCACACCACAUCGAAGCUUUCUCCAACACCAUGAUCGAGGAGUACAACGCCUUAAGUGAUGCAAUGCAGGAGGUGGAGGAAACUAGUUCGGAGCUAGCCGAGGUACAGCAACAACUAGAGCGGGCAAGGCAGGAGAUAUCCAGUGAGAAUAAACAGUUUUGGGAAUCAUUCAGCACACCGUCCAUGCCAGCGGCCGAUGUGGACGCCGUCUCCGGGCUAAGCCUAGGCGGCAGUAAACCUAUGGAGACACGGCAGGAGGCAGUCAGCAGCUGUCUUCAGGCCGGGUUGGCUCAGACGGCACCAGUGACUGCGGCUCCCAGUUCUACCUCCACCAUGCUGCAACCGAAGCCCUCCACAAAUGCUACGGUUCCACAACCACCUCGAAAUCCCAUUCAAUUUGCUGCUUUCGAUGCAAACCUGAAAGAUCCCCUCUUCGGGGAUGAUGUUGUGGAGGAGGUGCAUGUGGAUGUGCCUACGGAGCUGGGCCAACGGCUUAAUGAGUUGGCCGUCUCCUCAAUGGAGCUGUCCUUCGAGAUGGACAUGACCAAUCUGAAGGACGCACUAGCCAAUCCGCCCAACGAUAGUGGGAACCUUCAAGAUCCCAUGAUUUGUAUGCACACAAAGGUGGAACUGGAUGCACCCGGAACUGUGCAGAACACCGUGCCUCUCAAGUUCAAUGCCCUGAUUUCGGGAGUGGUCGAGUUGGAUAAAGAGAAGCUGAAUGUUAACCAGAUCACCGACGAACAGAUGCCAGGAUUCAAUGACGACCUUACUUCGCUGGCCGCCAAUCUCUGCAGCACAGCUCUGGAGAAGGGCUUCUCUACGUCCUCUGGAAAUCCCCCGGGGCCCUUUAUUUCCGACCUCGAGCUGACCAAAUCCGAGGAAGCAAUGAAAGAAAGGCGCAUCGAUACGAGUCUGUUGCAUCCCGCUGCCCAAAUUGGUCAUGUGGCUAAAAAAAUGUCGGCCAUCGUUCCCGACGUUAAAGAGGAUGUGAAGGGCAAAGAUGGCUGCAAGCAUCCGCCCAUCAAGCCAAAAAAGAAGUGCCCCGGCAAGUGUCCUUUGAUCACUGAUCCCUGCAAAGAAGACCCCUGCAAGCGCCCGGACAAGUCCAAGAAGCCAAAAAAGAAGGCUUCCAGCGCCUUAGUGGUAACCGCCCAGGCUGGCUGCGGGAAAAAGAAAAAUUCCUGCGGCAAAGGAGGAGGAGGUGGCAAGAAAAGCAACCCAUGCGCCAAGAAAGGAGGUGGUGGCAAGAAAAAGAAGCCAUGCAACCCGAAUGCCAAAGGUAAGAAGAAAACUAAAAAACCUUGCAACAAGAAUGCCAAAGGUAAGAAGAAAGGAGGAGGCGGCUGCGGCAAGAAAGGUGGGGAUAAGAAAAAGAAUCCCUGCGGCAAGAAAGGCGGAGAUAAGAAAAAGGAUCCCUGCGCCAAGUUGAAGAAGGGAGGUGGCAAGAAGGAUCCCUGCGGCAAGAAAGACAAAGGUGGGGAUAAGAAGAAAAAGGAUCCCUGUGCCAAGUUUAAGAAAGGAGGCAAAGGUGGUAAGAAUGAUCCCUGCGCCAAGAAAGGAGGCAAAGGCGGUAAGAAGAAGGAUCCCUGCGCCAAGUUCAAGAAGGGUGGCAAGGGAGGCAAGGGAGGUGGCUGCAAGAAGUUCUCCACCUAUGCACCCAACAAACGCUACCUCUCUACUGCCCUUGGCCAGACUGCUGCUCCGCGAGGACCCCGUUUCCUGGUCUACUCCACCCGUGUGCGUCGCAACUACACUGUCCCCGCCUCAAAGAAAACUCCUUGCCAGUGUCCCAUGUGCCAGAAACACAGAUUACUGGCCGAUUCUGUCGAAGCUCCCGCCCGGUUUGUCAUCAAUUCCUCCCUGAUGCGUCGCCGGUUCGGAAGCCUGAGUGGCAUGGACCUGAUAAAGCGUUCCUUCUCAAAGAAGAAGAAGAAGGCACCUGGCAAGUGCGGUUCCAUGGCGCAAAAGUAUCCAAAAAGUCGCGGCAAGGACAAGAAGGAACGAACUGGUCUCCGAACGGACUGCUUUUCCUCCGACGACUCGUGCGGUACCAAGAGCUGCUCCGGAAGAUGCGACAAGGUGCCGUUUCCCCGAAAGAAGUGUGACCCCAAAAAGAAGAAAAGGAGCGGCAAAAAGAGCAAAAAGGGUGGAAAGAGCAAAAAGAAGUAGGCAUAUCGCUGGUCAAGGAUGCACGCUUGCCCCUGAAGUACUGGUACCAGUGCCAAAGGUCGUUCAGCACGCACUC